AUGCUUUCCCCACUCCUUCGGCAGUGUGUUUCAUCACCCCCAUGUACUGCGUCUCGAGCACGCCUAUUCAGCACAUCUGUGGCAUUGCAAUAUAACCGGAAAAACAAUGCAUCUACGAUACGCGUGCCUUCGAAAAAGGCCCAGGCUGCCAAAGCUAGGAGAAAGGCUUUGCUUGCGGCGAAAGAAGACAGUCGUUUUCUUAAGCUUACUCUAGAAGACGCCAUCGCUGUUCUCCGGGCCGUGGAAGUUGCCUCUCCAAAGUCUACCUAUGAAUUAACGGUCAAGACCAGCGUUGGAAAUGGUGUCGCUGUUCCCAGAGGCAGGGUGAACCUUCCUCGAGAGGCCAAAGCCAAGACCGAAGACAAGAUUCUCGUUUUCGCAGAGGGGAGAAUCGCAGAAGAGGCAAAGAAAGCUGGAGCACACAUUGUAGGCGGUACCGAGUUGAUUGAUGGUAUUUUGACCAAUCGUAUCCGUGCAACUACAAUUUUGUGUACACCUGCUCUCAUCAGAGCCAUCACACCGAAACUCGGUCGUUUCCUUGGCCCCUUAGGUCUCAUGCCAUCUGAACGACGAGGCACUGUUACAGAGGACAUUGCCGGAUACAUUCAGAAGCUCCACGGUUCAAGCGAAUGGAGGGCAGAUAGAACUGGGACAAUCCGGGCUCCAAUAGCGACAAUGAGCUUUCCGGUGGAAGAUGUCGCCAAUAAUUUCCGUCAAUUUUUGUUGUCCGUGAAGCGAGCGACCGGCAAUUUGAAGGAUUCGGAGAAUACAGAUCGUAAAUCUGGAGGAGCUAAACCUGUUACACCCAUUACCAGAGUGUUGUUAAGCUCUUCAAAGGGUCCAGGAAUUCGGAUAGAAGAUUACUGA